AUUACAAGCCUGAGAAGUAGAACCAGAGCCUCUCUCAUAUAUACCCCACAUAAAAGACUGUCUAAUUUAUUAGAGUCAGGCGAGUCAGAAAAGUAACAAUGCAUAGGGAAACUAGCACAUUUCACUCUUGCAAUUUUUCCCCUUGGAAAAGACGAGAUCAUGCAUUUUUCCAAGGUCUCUACCUGGUAGUAAAAGUUGGAACACCAGAGCAAGUUUAACAUAUACUUAGUAAUAUUUGUUCUUAUGGAAAAGAGGGGCAGGAGAUACUGGGAUCUAAAACUGACACUCUUCCAAUACGAGUUAAGAUUUACAGCAAUUUUUUCCUUUAUAAAUCUCUGUAAAUGACCAAAAUAAGAACUGCUGGUCGGUGCACUAUUCUGUUCUUGGAAAGUGUGUCCUCAGAACACCAUAAGAACAACCUAUUAUAAUUCAAGGGUAAUUCCAAAGAGAUGACAUGCCUUUUCCAUCGCGUUCCUUCCACUACAACAAAAAAGGACACCAUUACUAUCGGCCACUCGAUGUACGAAGCUCAAAACGCAAGGAACAUCGGGCGGUAAACCUUCCUCCUGCGCACCAGAGACCUAAUGGGCACAACAGAAACAGCGACCAACCCUCACCAUUAACAAGCGCGGAAGGCGGUGACCCUGCAUCUCGCUGGAGAGGGUCGGUGCAGUACAAACUACGCCUCCCAGCAUGCAGCGCGGCCACGUCCGACCGGCGGCGCUGCAGCAACGGUGCAUGCCGGGAGGGGGAGUUCCGGGCUUUGAGCGGCCUCGGGAGCUUCCUCUCACUUCCUUAAUUGCAGCCACUGCGCAGUCUGGAGUCUUCAAAGACCAAACCAGAAAUUGAAAGACUCAACACUGAUCCCUUUUUAUUCCUAACGGGUUCCUGCCGUGGCAAAGUAACCUCGGGCAGACUUCCGUUUCCGGUUUCCUGUUGCCGUGGUAACGAGCAAGCAAAACAUUUCUGGCGGUUAUGGCGGGGCUGAGCGGCUCGCAGAUCCCAGACGGGGAGUUCACCGCCGUCGUGUACCGGCUCAUCCGAGAUGCCCGCUACGCCGAGGCGGUGCAGCUGCUGGGCGGGGAGCUGCAGCGGAGCCCGAGGAGCCGCGCCGGCCUGUCGCUGCUGGGCUACUGCUACUACCGCCUGCAGGAGUUCGCGCUGGCGGCCGAGUGCUAUGAGCAGCUGGGCCAGCUGCACCCCGAACUGGAGCAGUACCGCCUGUACCAGGCCCAGGCCCUGUACAAGGCCUGCCUUUAUCCUGAGGCCACCCGGGUCGCCUUCCUCCUGCUGGACAACCCCGCCUACCACAGCCGAGUCCUCCGCCUGCAAGCUGCUAUCAAGUACAGCGAGGGCGACCUGUCAGGGGCCAGGAGCCUGGUAGAGCAGCUGCUGGGUGGGGAAGGGGCAGAAGAGAGUGGGGGCGAGAAUGAGCACGAUGGCCACGUCAACCUGGGCUGUUUGCUCUACAAGGAGGGACAAUAUGAAGCAGCGUGUGCCAAGUUCUUUGCGGCCCUGCAGGCCUCGGGCUACCGACCUGACCUUUCCUACAACCUGGCUUUGGCCUAUUACAGCAACAGGCAGUAUGCCCCUGCGUUGAAGCAUAUCGCUGAUAUUAUUGAGCGUGGCAUCCGCCAGCACCCAGAGUUAGGUGUGGGCAUGACCACUGAAGGCAUUGAUGUUCACAGUGUUGGCAACACUUUAGUCCUCCACCAGACUGCUCUAGUAGAAGCCUUCAACCUCAAGGCAGCCAUAGAAUACCAACUGAGAAACUAUGAGGCAGCUCAGGAAGCCCUCACUGACAUGCCACCCAGGGCAGAGGAAGAGUUGGACCCUGUGACCCUGCACAACCAGGCACUAAUGAACAUGGAUGCCAAACCUACAGAAGGAUUCGAAAAGCUACAGUUUUUGCUCCAACAGAAUCCCUUCCCCCCAGAGACUUUUGGCAACCUGUUGCUGCUCUACUGUAAAUAUGAGUAUUUUGACCUGGCAGCAGAUGUCCUGGCAGAAAAUGCCCAUCUGACAUAUAAGUUCCUCACACCCUAUCUCUAUGACUUCUUGGAUGCUAUGAUCACUUGCCAGACAGCUCCUGAGGAGGCUUUCAUUAAGCUUGAUGGGCUAGCAGGGAUGCUGACUGAGCAGCUUCGGAGACUCACCAAACAAGUACAGGAAGCAAGACACAAUAGAGAUGAGGAAGCUGUCAAAAAGGCAGUGAAUGACUAUGAUGAAACUCUUGAGAAGUAUAUUCCUGUGUUGAUGGCGCAGGCCAAAAUCUACUGGAACCUUGAAAAUUAUCCCAUGGUGGAGAAGAUCUUUCGCAAAUCUGUGGAAUUCUGUAAUGACCAUGAUGUGUGGAAGCUGAAUGUGGCUCAUGUUCUGUUCAUGCAGGAAAACAAGUACAAAGAAGCCAUUGGUUUCUAUGAACCCAUAGUCAAGAAACAUUAUGAUAACAUCCUGAGUGUCAGUGCUAUUGUAUUAGCUAACCUCUGUGUUUCAUACAUUAUGACAAGUCAAAAUGAAGAAGCUGAGGAGUUGAUGAGGAAGAUUGAGAAGGAGGAAGAGCAGCUCUCUUAUGAUGACCCAGAUAAGAAAAUCUACCAUCUCUGCAUUGUGAAUUUGGUAAUAGGAACUCUUUAUUGUGCCAAAGGAAAUUAUGACUUUGGUAUUUCUCGAGUUAUCAAAAGCUUAGAACCUUAUAAUAAAAAACUUGGAACUGAUACCUGGUAUUAUGCCAAAAGAUGUUUCCUGUCCUUGUUAGAAAACAUGUCAAAACACACAAUCAUGCUUCGUGACAGUGUUAUUCAAGAAUGUGUCCAGUUUCUAGAACACUGUGAGCUUUAUGGCAGAAACAUACCUGCCAUUAUAGAACAACCCCUGGAAGAAGAAAGAAUGCAUAUUGGAAAGAAUACAGUCACAUAUGAGUCCAGACAGUUAAGAGCUCUGAUUUAUGAGAUUAUAGGAUGGAAUUCAUACUAAUGACUGAUAAUGGUUUUUACCAUAUGCCUUUGUUAUGUAAACUUUGCACUGUUUUAUCUAUAGCCUUUGGCAACUUUAUAUUGGUCACAUGUUGAACUUUGUAAACUUUAGUAUUGUAACAAAAAUAGAUAAAAAUCUUAUUUUUAAAUUUCUCACAAAGUGAAUAAUUUUAAGAAUUCUGACGCUAGGAGGAGUUACAAAGAGUUCAGAACCAAUGUGAGAUGUUGUGUCUAUUAGAACUUGUA